AUGGGGCUCAACAUCACAGAGAUUGGAACGCAUUCUCUGCGCAAAGGUGUGGCCACUGCUCUGAACAAUACGCCUGGCGGUCCUCAGGCAGUGUCGGUUUGGCUCCGCGCUGGAUGGAGCCUGGGUGGAGAAGAGCAUCCGCAGGUCUCAACGUCAAUGAUGCUUCGUUUGCUACACUGCCCCCUCACUUCCAUGGCCCGGUGUUGA